UCGUCUGGUUCGCUGUGCUGUUGCCACCGCCCACGAGUACAACCACAACAACACGGCCAAAGACGAGGGCCAACGAGCCAAUAAAUUUAAAUAAUAUCCCAUCACAACAAAUAAAAUAAACAACAGCCUCACCCCAAAAAAAAAACAAAAUAUAACAAAAAUUGGGAUAGAAGUAGCAAACUCGGUGGACAAACAAAUGCCGGCUAAAAAAGUGUCAGAAUUUGUGAAAAUUAAUAUUUCACCAGAGAUUUGAGUGCUGCCAAAACAAAGAACAAACAUUGCAAACAGGACAAACUUUUCGUUUCGCAAAACUUUUAUUUCGUACACACGUUUUUUGGACCCAACGCGAUUGGCUCGCGAAAAUUAUGAAAAAUAUGUGAGAAAUGUGCAAAAUCCACAAAAUACUCGAGAAAGGGCAAAGAGUGUAACUGAGCGCCCCCGGCAUACAUAGGUCAAGCCCUAUCCUCCAGUGCGAGAUAUAUUUUCUGGUCGGUCCCGAAAUCCCCUGACGUUGCUCUUUCCCCAAAAACCCACCCACUUCUCGCCGCCCACCGCCCAUCUAGUGUCAUGUGUGUGUGCGGAAGAAAAAGCAGCCGAGUGUGUGUGUGUGUGUGAGAAGCCGUGUAACGUGCUAAAAUAAGUUAAUUUAUUGCCGGCAGAACAACAAUCACAACACACAAAGACAACAACUGCCGACAGUCAUAACAUUUGCCGAGUUCCCCAUUUACCCAAAGCUGAGUAUCUGCCUCUGGGUAAACCAUCUGCAGAAAUAGGCCAAAUUCAAUUGACAUUUAUUGGCCAAUAUAUAUUUAUAAGGCCCGAGCGGAAGCCAAGGAAGAUCCUGGAAAAGAGAAAUAACAAAAGCACAGGAUAGCGCACAGCCAGAAAAAUAGUAAAAAUAUCUAUCUUCAAUGCCGACGACGACUAUUCCAGGGGCGGCCACCCGUCAUAUGCAAAUGGCCAACGAUUGGAGGGCGAGGGGCAAGGAGUGUGGAUCCCAUGGACAACGAAGUGGGCGUGGCUGCAUCUGCUGGACUUCUCUGAUGCUGCUCCUCAUUCUGGUGCCUGAUUUUAUUGUGGCACUCAAGGAUGUGUCGGUAAUGAUACCACAGGCGGUGAAACGUGGCAGCAAUGCGCUGUUCACGUGUAAUUACGAUAUGGAAAACGAUACUCUAUAUUCGGUGAAAUGGUACAAGGGCAAGCGUGAGUUUUAUCGCUACACGCCCAAGGAGAAUCCGGCGAUGAAGGUCUUCGCCAUGACAAGUGGCCUCAAUGUCGAGCGCAACCUUUCGAAUCAGAGCCACGUCGUUCUGCAGUCGGUGCCGCUGAAUAUUUCGGGAAAAUUUACAUGCGAAAUAUCCGUGGAGGCGCCCACUUUCCAAACGGCCAUGGUGUCCGGCGAAAUGGAGGUGGUUGAGCUGCCGGAAGAGCACACUGUGGUUACCGGGAUACAGGCACGUUAUCGCAUCGGCGAUUUGGUCGACGGCAAUUGCUCAAUUAAAUACUCGAAACCGGCUGCUAAUUUGACAUGGACUAUUAAUGGUAUUGUGGUGCCACCGCACCACAUAAAGACCUAUCAGACGGAGAGGCGGGAGAACAGCACCCUGGAAUCGGUGACGAGUGCCAUAAAUUUCAUGGUCACCAAUCAACAUUUCCUCAAGAGCCAGAUGAGGCUCAAGUGCACGGCCAAUAUCUUUGACAUCUUCAAGGAGGAAAUGGAGAGUGUCAUCGAGGAGGACCGUCCCAGGAUAAUGGCCUCGGGCAGAUCGUAUGACAUCAACAAUUAUCCCCUCGAGGACCACACCAAUGGCGAACGGGGCGGCUAUGAGGAUCACAACGAGUCCUAUUUGACUUACUACUCGGCGGAUAACAAGGCAUCGGGCGCCUCGACAGCUGCACACGAAAUCUUCUGGCAAUUCUGGCCAUCGCAGCUAACAAAGCUCCCCAUCAACAGGCAGUUGGCGGGGGCGUGGCACUGGAUCUGUGGGGGCGGUGGAGCGGCUGCUCUUCUUCUUCUGCUAGGGCCGCUGGCCCAUCAAAUUAUCAACUGCCAACACACAAAGCCGGCGACUGGCAAGGUGCAGCAUCACAGCAGCAACAUCGAUGUGACAGCUUCAAAAGCGGCAACAUCCGCAUCGGGCGUCAAAUGCUUUUAUAAUUGUCAAAUGGCAAUGGCGAUGCCAGCUCAGAAUCGCGAUGAUGAUGAUGGUGAUGCGAAUAUUGGCAGCACGAGUGCAACAGCAACAGCAACAGCAACAGCAACAGCAACUACUGAUGUUGCAGAUGUCGCUGCUGCCGCUGGAAAAGGAGUUGCGAGCAGCAUUAAGCGGCUGUCAGCGACACUUGUGGGGGGCGUUAGGGGUGUAAGGGGCGUGGCCAGUUGGCCGGAUCAACGAUUAUUGAUGACUCGGCGGCGGCAAAAGCGGCAAAAGAAAUCGCAGGCGAUGGAUGUGAAUGUGGAUGUGGAUGCGAUGAUGCAGUCGCGUUGGAGCGCGUGCUGAUGCCGAAUUGAUGAUGAAAUCCAUUUCCGAAAGUAGCUUAAGGUGCUCGCCACCGUGCAGAAAAACUGCCCUUUUCUUCUUUUCACCUCCGAAUUGUUGAAGGGCAUAAUUAAUAUACAUUCGUACUCAUAUUGAUUGCAUGAGCCAGCUGCAUAAAUCGAUUUGGCCGUAGCUCUUAAGUGUUAAAUGCAUAAGGUCAGGGAAAGUGCAGAAAGGCGACGUAUUUAAUUAUUGAAAGUAUACCCGGCAAGUAGAUAUGAAAUCGAUGAAUAAUAACAGGAAAUAAAUUAAUGUUAAGUCGGGGGAAAAUAUGACAUAUGGUGAAACCAAUAAAAUAGCGGAUACCCUAUACGUUGCAAUCACAAAACUAUAUUUUUGUUAUAUAAAUCUUACAAUUAUUCUGAAAAACGUAUGAGGUCUUAUAAGUUGAGUUAUAAGUUAUAUUUUCUUUGUUAAAUAAUAAUACGCUUAUUAUCAUUUUUUGAUUGUUACUUUAUUUAGAAAUUUGCGACUCAGAUAGCCAAAGUUAUCUAAGCAUUACAAAUUUACUGACAAUAAAGAGUUUUCCUCAUUUUCAUAAUCAUCUUUUGCAAUUUAACUAAGUUAAUGUUCAAUGCAAAAUUGUUUUAUAUUUAAUUCUUUAUUAUUGCCGAAAUAUCCCUGACUGUUAUUUAUAAAAGAUUAAAAAAAAACUAAGACGUAAAACCAAAUCGCUGAAAAAACACAGAAAAUGCACAGUUAAUUUGGGAAUUUUCGUACAGGGUGAAGAAUGCAUGUGCUUAAGACACUGAAACACAAAAAGUAUGUCAAGUAUUUGUCAUGUACUUAAAAGCUCUUACGUUGUAUGUAUAUCAAGCAUUAAACAUAUUCACCAAAAAAAUAAACGAAAAGAGAUACAUAUAAGAAAAUGUGCACAGUGAACAGCAAGCUGAACUUUAGACUGCACUUGAGCUUAGCUUUCGGGUACCGUAGUGCAUUUUAAAGUGUGUUUUUGAAAGUUUAAGCAUUGUAAACAACACAAGCUAAAGUAAUACAAAUAAAUAGUGAACUGUCUUCUCUCUUUGGAAAAAUGUUACGGCAUUAAGUCAAUGUGUGUAAAUAUAAUAAUAAAUUAAUAUGAAAUAACAUCCACUGUACAGAAAGGAACUUUUUACGGUUGUGGAAAUUAAAUGCAAAAUUAAUUAUUGAAGCAAUCAUUUGUUUGUAGAAAACCACGAACACAUAGAUCAAACAAAAAUGAAUAGGAAACAUUUUUAUUUAACUCUAAUUUUGGAAAUAUUAAAACUGAAAGAAAAUAAACGAUUAUUUAAAAUUUUUGGCCAACAAAAAUCCAGCGGUAAAUAGUUCCUUUACCUUGAAAAUAAAUCAAUGUAAUGCAAUGGGUAAUCUAAAUUUAAAAGAAAGAAAGGG